UGUUGGGCCGCUACCCUUUCACUCGUCGAAAGAGUUUGUAUCAUGUUCUAUUUAAGUUACCCGUGACGAGCUGUCAGAAACUUUUAUACCUACAAAUUAUCCAGCGAACUUUGGGUAAGAUCUCCACGUCAUCCGCUAAUGGUUGUGAAAGAAUAACGGGGAAGGUCUGGGCUGGGCCGUGCCCUCAGCCAGGUGUGGCAUGAGCUGCUGCCAGCACCUGCCCUACCCUAACACGCCUUACACCGUCUACUUCGAGCACCGCUGACAUCCAUCCCAUGGCUUCCGGUUAUCCACCGCCGCUCGAAGGCUCGGCUGAGGUGAAGGAGGGCUUCCUCUGCCCCCUGUGUCUGAAAGACCUGCAGUCCUUCUACCAGCUGCAGGACCACUACGAGGAGGAGCACUCUGGAGACAACCGCCAAGUUGGCAGCCAGCUGAAGAGUCUGGUGCAGAAGGCAAAAAAGGCCAAAGACAAGCUGCUUAAGAGGGAUGGAGAUGAGAGGGCCGAGACCAGCUACGAGUCCUUCUACUACGGGGGCGUAGACCCUUACAUGUGGGAGCCCCAGGAACUGGGAGCCACACGGAGUCACCUUGAUCUUUUUAAGAAACACAGAGCAGCCAGGAUUGAUCAUUAUGUCAUUGAGGUCAACAAACGCAUCAUUAGGCUGGAGAAGCUUACGUCUUUUGACAGAAUCAACAUGGAUGGUGGGAAGAUAAGAGCAUUGGAGAAGUCGGUUGUUCCUUGGGUGAGUGACCAGGACGUACCAUUCUGUCCGGACUGUGGGGGCAAGUUCAACCUCAGGAAUCGGCGUCACCACUGUCGCCUCUGUGGCUCCAUCAUGUGUGGGAAGUGUAUGGAGUUCGUGCCCCUGGUGCUGGCUUACAAGCUGACCAGCGGCACGCGUGAGGCCCUGUACGUGGCCGGCAGCCCCGGGCACGGGGCGCCCCCCGGUGGAGGAGGCCUAACAGUGCAACAGCCACAGGCCUCGCGGCGUGGCUCCAUCAGCAGCCUGUCGUCAGUGAGCUCCGUACUGGAGGAGAAGGAUGAGGACCGCAUACGCUGCUGCCAUCACUGCAUGGACGCGCUGCUGCGGCACCAGCGCAAGCUGGAUGAGAAGGACCAUGUGCCUGACAUCGUCAAAUUCUACGAGAGAUUGAGGAUGUGUAUGGACAAGGUGGAUGAGAAGGCUCCGGAGUACAUCCGCAUGGCUGAGUCGCUGAAUGCUGGCGAGACAACCUACAACCUGGAAACUGCUGGUAGCCUGAGGUUGGAGGUGCAGAAAUACUAUGAGCAUAUAGAUGCUCUGAGUAAGAAGAUUCUAACACUCGGACUGAAAGAUGAAGUGCAGCCCCACCCAAAGACCCUCCAGCUGCAAAGGAUGGUGCGCUACUCGGCAACACUGUUUGUACAGGAGAAGCUGUUGGGUCUGAUGUCAUUGCCUACGAAGGAGAACUACGAGGAGCUAAAAGAGAAGAAGAGAUAUGAGCAGCAGCACAGACAGGCAGCCCUGGAGGCACAUAAGCGGCGGUCGGAAAUCGACAAGAGCCGACCUCUCCUCAGCGCCAACGGCGACGCGCCCCGGCCGGCCUCUGGCCCGCGCAUGACCAAGGCCGGCAGCUGGCUGCCGUCGUCAGAGGGCACGCGCUCCCACGGCGAGCUGGACGACCCUCUGCUGCAGCAGAUCGACAACAUCGAGUCGUUCCUGAGGCAGGCGCGUGCGGCAGGCCGCUCGGACGAGGUGGCCAUGCUGGAGGAGAACCUACGGCAGUUGCAGGACGAGUUCGACGCGCAGCAGACCAGCCGCGCCAUCGAGCUCUCACGCCGCCUGGCCCAGGAGGAGAGCCUGCAGCGCAGUCAGAUCAGCUACCUCCAGCAGAGGGAGCUAGAGAGCCGGGCAGCCGCCAGAGAGCGUGCCUCAGAUUUUGGCGAAGGAAAGGGCGUUGAAGAAGCGGGUGAAAGGGAGGGCGACCGCAGCCGGGAUCCAGACAUGAGCCCCGAGCUCAGGCCACCUCAGACCAUCAAGUCAUUCCCACGCUUGCCAGGGACUUCGCCACCAUUGCAGAGGGAUGAAUGUACAAUGGCUCCACCUGCUGGAGAGGCGCAGAACAGUGGCAGCACCACGCUGCUGAACCGAUUUGACGAAGAGGACUCCAUCCCGGUUGAGGAAGAUCCGAUGAACCCUUUCAGCAAGGAGAUCCAGAGAGAGCACCACCAAGCAACCGUUGCAAGAGACGAAGAGUACAACCCCUUUGAGGAUGAGGAGGAUGACGUAAAGGAGACAGACGAGAGGCAGGAUGGUGCGCUCGGCAGGAACCCCUUUGAAGAGGAUGACGACGACGACAGGGGCAACCCCUUCAAAGAUACGCCAGAUGAAAUGCUUCCGGUUGCCUCGACCAAUCCCUUCGAAGAUGAUGAUGACGACAGCGCAGCAAUGGAUGAGCUCAUCGAAGAGGAGCUGCUGCUGCAGCAGAUCGACAACAUUCGUGCGUACAUGUUCGACGCCAAACUCAACGGACGUACCGAUGAAGUGGAGUUGCUGUCCCAGAACCUGAAAGAGCUGCAGUGCACCCUACAGGAGCAAAAGAGAAAAACACACUGACCGUUAUUCACUGGUCUCGCCAUUUUUCUUUCCUGGUUUCUGUUGAGUCAAAUGUCAUGAGAAUAAUGGAAUUAAGGACACGUGUUUUUGUCUUGACAUUUUUUCUUCUCCUCAGUCACUAAUUUAGGCUGCCAAAAUGCACAAACUAGAGGAUAAGGCAGACUAGAGCUUCCUUCAUAUCAGUGUGCUUACAGAAAGAAUACAAUACACUCAGCAUUUCUUAGAGAUCUCCUGCAAGGAAGGGCUGGUUAAACCAAGAGUUGCUAAUCAUAUGUAGAGAAUCUCUCAGCCAAGUCAUGUUUCUGUUAUUACAUCUUGGAUACUUUUAGAUCAUAAUGAGCUUUUGUAAUGUUUACCCUUGAGUAAUAUGAAGGAAACAUCCUUCACCUAGCCAAGAAGUGUCCAGUACAAAUACACUUGUAGCUUCAAACACUCAAAAGCCUUGCAGCACAGUGUCAGAACACAGGGCCACGUGAUGGGAGAACUUAGAUGUUACAUGCUCUCUAGCUAAUACAAGGGUUCCUCUUGUUAUAGACACAUUCAUUAUAAGGACACACUAUGCCUUCCCAGCAUGACUUCAAAACAGCAAGUAUGGCACUAUUGCCAACAUGUGAAAACAGUUGCUUUUUAAAUUUGUAGGUAAAUGAAUAUAUAAGGGGAAAGAAUGAGAAUAAGAAAAAAGUAAUAAAUGGUUUUAGCAUCAAAAUGGUAUACAAGUACAUCCCAUGGGAGACUGCCAUUGGAUCUAAACUUAAUGUAAGAUUGGGAAGGUUGGUUAAAGAAGGUAAGCUAUUAGGUUUGUUUUGCACAAAAAUGUGGCUAAAGGAAUGUAUUGAGGAAGAUCAUUUGAAGAUAAUUCAUAAUUUUAUUUUUUUUGUGUGUGUAUGUGUAUGUGUGUGUGUGUGUGAACUGGAGAUGUCAGGAAAGUCUAGGUGGAUAUGACCAGAAGCUACCUGCCUAUGUUUCGUUUUAUGAAUGUUAGUCUAUAAAUGCUAAGCAGAUUCCUUGCCUGAUAUCUACAUUCCAAGCAGAGGUCCAUUCUGCAGUAUCGCUACAGGGUGUCCACGGGUAAUCUCUGCCCUGACGGAAUUGAACAAAUUUGUUGGAAUUCUUAAAAAAGGUCAUUAUGCUAGCAGUGUUAGAUUCUGAUGAAACACAACUGCAGAAAACAAGCUUAUUUGCCCAUUUUUAUUUGAUGCUACACAGUGAUCGUCAUGGUAAAAAGUGGAAUUAUCCUUAGGUACACGUUAUCUUUCUAUUGUCACUAAUUAUUGCUUUAAAUAGCCUUGCAAAAGCUUCUCUACAUACUUUGUUGCAUCUUCUACAGUCUCUUUUUUGAUGGCAAUGUUGGAUGUAUGCCUAUAUAUAUAUUUUAUCAAUACUUGAGAUACAAAAUCAAUAUUUUGUCUAACACUAAACCCCUUAUGUGCUGUUCAAAGUUCUUCCUAUACAGACUACUUAAACUGAAGAUUAUGCUACUUUGGCUGUGUUGACAUUAUUUGAUCUUAAAUAAGCAGUAUUUCUUGUUUGUUUGAAAAAAGAACAAAGAACUUGUCUGCAUAAGGGCAAAUGCAGAUUCAUUUGUAUCUUGAUUUUCCUCUGCAGUAGGCCUAACUGGUGGUGUCUGAAGCCAACAUGAAUGAACUGUCUAGUAGCCUUUGAAACAUGAUGAUGAUGUUCACAUUAAGCGCUGUCACAACAAACACUGCAAAAUAAAUCUGUAUAAAUAAGAA